AUGGCAUUCGAAUUCGGACCCGAAACGCCGCCCUUGACGACGCCAACCGAAGAAACAAAUGAUCUCGCGACUACAUCCAAGACUACGGAUAAGAAAACGGCGGUAGGCGGAGCUAAUGGUACAGUACCCGCCGGGCCAUCUCAAGAGUAUACUGUAAUCGCUGCAUCGGACUUUCCGUUGAGUGGAGUGUUCAUCGAGUUACAGAAACCGACAUGGCGGUGCAAAGUGGUCUAUCAUUCGGUUGAUAAGUGCUCGCACUGUGAUCCGGUAAGGACAAAUUUGCACUGUGAUACGGUAAGGACGAGAAUUUUGAAACAAAUAGGAUUUCGGUAG